UACGUUUCUUCUAGUUUUAGAUGCAAUUGUCAUCUCCUCUUUCUUUUUUUUUCCUUAACUUCCUUCGUCACUUGGCUAAAUCUUGAUAUCUGUUUUUUCACAGCUGUUAAAUUAGUUGUGUUCUAUACGGUGUUCUUCAUCGUAGGACUGAUCGUAGCAGCAAGGCUUCUGUGUGUACCAUGUGUGUUUGGGUUUUUAAUCUAUAAGUUCAGCAUAAGACAUGUAUCCACGUUUGAUAGCAUAGAAGGUUUCUUGCAAGGUCAGAAUCACCUUGUGCCUAUUAGGUACUCCUACUCGGACAUCAAGAAGAUGACAAAUGGUUUUAGGGACAAGUUAGGGGAAGGAGGCUAUGGUUCUGUAUACAAAGGGAAGCUCAGAAGUGGCUCUUUCGUAGCAGUUAAAAUGCUAAGCAAGCCGAAAGCUAAUGGACAAGACUUUAUCAACGAAGUUGCGACCAUUGGAAGGAUUCAUCAUGUCAAUGUUGUUGAGCUAAUUGGAUAUUGCGCCGAGAGAUCUAAGCGUGCUCUUGUGUAUGACUUCAUGCCUAAUGGGUCUCUAGAGAAGUACAUCUCUUCUCCAGAAGGAAAAUUGUCCUUAAGUUAUAAGCAAAUGUAUGAAAUUUCUCUGGGAGUGGCUCGUGGUAUUGGAUAUCUGCAUCAGGGUUGUGACAUGCAGAUCUUGCAUUUUGAUAUAAAGCCUCAUAACAUUCUUCUUGACGAGAAUUUCACUCCAAAAGUUUCAGAUUUUGGGCUUGCAAAAUUGUAUCCAACAGACGAGAACACUGUGACCGUGACUGCAGCAAGAGGAACCUUGGGCUAUAUGGCUCCAGAGUUUUUCUACCAAAACAUCGGAGGUGUUUCCCAUAAAGCUGACAUCUAUAGUUUCGGAAUGUUGUUGAUGGAAAUGGCAGGCAAGAGAAGAAAUUGGAAUUCAUCAGCUAAUUCAAGCCAAAUUUUUUUCCCUUCUUGGGUUUAUAAUCAAUUCUCUGAAGGAAAGAACGUACAAAUCGAAGAGACCACCGAGGAGGAGAGUAAGAUGGUAAACAAGAUGAUGUUAGUGGCGUUAUGGUGUAUACAAAUGAGGCCUAGUGACCGUCCUUCGGUGAACAAAGUUGUUGAGAUGCUUGAAGGAAAUAUAGAAUUGCUUCACACGCCUCCAAAGCCUUUUCUGUAUUCACAAGGUAUGCAGGCCGAGAAUAAUGAAAUGAAUGAAAGAUUGUCCAAUCUGUCAGGUGCUUGUAUGGAUUCUCUCACCCGUGAUAUAAGUGGUGGACGCUAAAUUUUCAAGACCAAACAUCCUGUAUUUACAAAUAAUAAUGUUGGUUCCAUAUGAUUUAGAUUUGAUGUUUUUAAAAGACAACACUUCAUGUAUAAGUUGCUUUUCUUCGUAGGCAAUUGCUCAGAAGACCAUGUGACUUGGUUUUAGAUCUGACAAGGGGAACACUGACGUUGUCUAUGUUAAGUUGUUCAAGAAGAGGAAAUCUUCUUUACCGCUGUUCUAUAAAGAAGAAGUUACGGAGCUCAA